AAACCGGGUGAGCACAUUUGUCAGACCCUCUGAGCGAACAAAAUUAUCACUGGCGCAGAGACUGACAUCUUACACACGAGCUGCUGAUUUGUCAUGAAAUAGAUCACCACUAUAAAAUGAAUGUCAUCAGUUACCUAUACUGGGAAUUUUUGCUGAAUGACAACCUCAAUCGGUUUCAUUGUAUGAAAAAAAGGUUGCAAUAAAUGUGAAUGGUGACUGAAGCUGUCAGUCAGUCACUAACGUUCAGCCUACCAUCUUCUUUGUUCACCACAGGGCUUGUGAACACCGUCAUUUGGUCGUGCAUGUCCCUAGUUUCUCUUCAAUGGCUGCCUCUGGCUCCUCCACCACACUGCCUGAAGGAUUUCACUAUGAGACCAAGUAUGUCAUCCUCAGCUACCUUAACCUGCCCCCGCCAUCAAGAUCAAGACCCUCAGAGACAGCGGAGGGAGAGAGCCAUUCUACACAGGAAGUGGAAAGAGAGUGGAAUAGCAGCCUGAAGAAACAGAUUGAGAAUGAAAUGAAGCAGCUGGAAGAGGAAAUUGCGGCCUCUUUUUCCAGGACUGGUUUUGAUCAGCUCAUAUCCCCAGUGUUCAGUCCAGCCAAUCCAGAAAGCUCCAUAGAAGACAGCCUGGCAGUGCUGGGGGACCACGUCUCACGGGACCUGGACACACACCUGUCCUCUGCCACUCACACGCUUCUGAGAAGUGAUAUGAACUUUGAGCACUUCAGAGCAGCGGUGGAGGAGGUGUCCUCUCAUGCUCAAGGAGGAUGGAGCAAGGUGUUGGUACCCUUAGUAUUAUUACAAGCCCUACAGAGUGAGGGGCAGCCACUGGAAACACUGCUACAUUAUGGUUUGCGUUACCUUGAAGAAUCACAAUCAGACUUCAUCAUUCAGCAGGGAGGAUGGGGCACUGUGAUCAGCCUGUAUGAAGCUGAAGACCCUGGCGUGAUCAUAGCCGAGGACAGUAACGACAUCUACAUCCUGUCAGGUGAACAGACCUCGGAUCAGCUAAGCCCUCCUGCUUCACUACUGACUCUUGAAAAUAGCAGUGGACCAGCCUCUUGGCAGACAGAGAGUCUUCCUGUGUCUCUGACAGGACACGAAUCUUGGGCGCAGAUUGGCAUGAUGGACCCAGAAGAUACCAAGAGUCUGGACAGCGCCGAGGGAGUGGCGUUAGCUGAGGAGCAAAGCGAGAACAACUCCUCGAACUCUGACAUUGUCCAUGUGGAGCGUGAAGAUGCCGAACUGCUUGAAGAAGGUGGGGAGACGGUGGAGGAAGGGGAGCUGCAGAGUAGUGUACUUAGCGUGCUGGGCAGUGAGAGCGAACUCGCUGCUGUUCGAGAAGAAGCACCAACCGCAGAGUCGGUGCAAACUGCACCUGAGCUGAUUGUGGAACCAACCAUGAUGGAGAUCCCUCCACCUCCAGUCUCAGUAGAGCUAGAGCACCUAGCCGCCCCUGCUGCUGCAACCGCCUCGUUUCCUGUGCCUGAGCCUGUUCCAGCUCCUGUGGAGCAUCGGUCAUCACCCCCACCGGAUCUAGAACCGGAAGUGGUCCAAGCAAUCCUGGAGCAGGAGAUAUGUCCAGAGGUUGACCUUAAGGCCUCUUCCCCGGCCCACGACCUCCCUGUCCCGACCCCACCUGAGGUGCCACAGCCUGAGACCUCUGACCUCCCCGUGCUGCUAUACGGUGGUGCUGCCCUGGUGGCCAUCGCUGCAGUGUUGGCUUUUGGAGCACUGGCCUACAGGAAGAAGUAGAGAGUCUGUGACUGUCCAUGACCUCUCUGUAUCUCUUGCCCUAAUGGAAGCCCUGUGGGUCACAGUGCCGCCACAAGCAGCACUUUAUGGGAAAAGUACUCCUCUUAUGUGUCAUACCAUUUUAUUUUAUUCUCAUUGCUUUUAUUUGUUGGCUUAGUUCUCUAAACCAGCUUUAUUUCUGAAGAGGAACUUGCAGGUGCAAAGUCGGGUUUCUUUUGGCUGUAUUAAGGACAAUUCACAAAGCAUAGACAAACGCCUACAAACACGUUUGUUGGGUUUUGUCUGAUCAUUGUGUUACCCCUGUCAGCAUCUGUUGCCAUUGGUCAGGGUUUGUUUUCACAAGCAGUGUUUGUCAGAGUCUAUUAGGGCAGUGUGAACACAUUUUACAUAAAAUUCUAAAUCCAACGAACAACUUGUUUGUUGCCAUUUGUCUGUGCGGUGUGAUUUGGCCUUUAGUGAACAUGGUAGCUAUCUGUUCACUAGGCUGUGACUUAGGUUCCCAAGACUUCUAAAUUCAGAGGAAGUAAGUUAAUUUUUUGUUAGUGAAGCAUGUUUAUUCUCAUAUAGAAAUAUUUGAUUUAAUAAAAUAGUUUGAUUUUAAAACACAAGCUUGUGUGAGUGCAUGAUUAUAAUUCUACCUUAUCAGAAAUGAAAUAUUAAAGUGCAAAAAUUUAUGGGCUGUGCCCUUCAGAUGGAUUAUGUGACUGAUAUUCUUACAGAAUAUGUCAGUACUUCUACAAAAUUACUCACAACAACCAAAAGCAAAGUCUCUGCACAUCCUUGAUUCAUUCAGACAUACAUAUUAACCAUAUUUAGUGUAUAUUUUGAAUAAAUUAGGCCUGCAAGAAUUCUUUUGUUUGAAUUCCCCCUUUUAAAAACUAAAAGUAGAAGCCUAGGUCACAGCCUCAACUGGGAAACCCCUCCACUUUGGCUGAUCCAUUUUGUUUAUGGGAUUGUCCUUUCUUAAUGUACAGCAAUUCGCUAUAAUGUGAAUGUUUAAUGUACAAAAAAAGGUUUGUUUAGCACUCGUGAAAAUACUACACCAGCAGAGUCAAUGUCAUGACUAUUGCCAUGGCACCAUUGACUAAAUUUAUCUCAAUGUCAGGAAGUGGGAGAUAAUGCAAGAUGAAAAGUCAUUUAGUUUUCUAAUGUUUCUAAGCGUGUAUUUUGUAGUUAAAUGUUCCUUAUUCUGGGUCAAAAGCAAUUUCAAUAAAAUCUUGUGAAAUCUUGAAAUGAAAAUGAUUAAACCUUAGAACUUAUUGUUUAAUCUUAAUCCACCAUGAUUCAGAAACAUCCAAAUGGAUUUUGUAGUUCUGGAGUAAAAAGUGAUUUGCUGUCUGUCGCUCAAAUCAAAUGCUGACUUCAGGUUUGUGGGACCACAAAGUCUCUUAAAUGUCUUCUUGGCCAGUCAUCAGGCCUUUAUUGAUUUUCUUUGGCUUAUCACAAAGUAUUUUCUGUCUUCUGCCUCUGAUUUACACAUUGUCUGUACCUUGUGCUGCUGUUUGUCUUUGAAAGGUAAAAAGGCCUGAACAGCACAGCCUUGUCACCCUCUUUUUUCCUGUUGUGUGCCUAUCCAAAAGAGACCUUGCUCAAAACAACUGAAAACAAAACCAGAAGUCAUAUGUACUCGCAGGAUCCACCUGCUUUGUCAGUAGUUUGCAACCUCACAUCAGAGAAAGUGAUGUUUUUUUUCUUUUUGCUUUUGCAAGCAAGUUUCUUUUUUUUUCAUGUCAAUAGAUGGACAAAAGCUGUGAAAUAAAACUGUAUUCCAUCAAGGGUAAA